GCAAAGUUGUUUACCAAAAAUUCCAGUGAGUUAGGUGUUUCGUCAUGCGGUUUUAUUAAUCCAAUAGCUUUUAUAUAGGUUAUAAUGUCCUUAAAAUGAGAUCUGUGUCUUUCGUUGACCAUCUUAAAAUAAAAGUCAAUGGUAAGGUGGGGCAAGGAUGUAUCGCACUCGGUGACGUUGACGGAGAUGGUUGCAGUGAACUUGUUGUUGCAGAUGACGGGGGUCAUGUGCAAGUUUUUAAGGGUGAUUCCACAAAGCCAUGUUGGGAGUCGUCUGAUUUCGGUGACAUUACGUGCUUGACAAUAGCAGAUUUAUGUAACGAAGGGAAGAAUUGUGUUGCUGUGUUUACCACUGAUGGAGCCUUUUCAAUACUUGAUUUCAACAAAUCGCUUGAUGCACCUAUUAUUCACUCUGAUCAUGUCAUACCAAACAUAAUGAAUGUGCUUGUAUCAGAUUUGGAUAGUGAUCAAUUAAAUGAGCUAAUAGCUUGCCAUAGUGACCACUGUGUAUCUGCAUACAGGUGGAAUUCAAAACAUAAACGCUUCACAAUCCUUCAAAGGUGGACACUGCGUCAAUUAGUUGGGAACAUCAGUAUACAUGUUAGUUCUGAUGAAGGAGUUCCCUCUAUAAUUGUUUCCCAACCUGGCUGCUCAUACGCUGUACUUUCCAUAAACUGGAACCAGUCUGAGGCAGUUAAAACUGGUCCCAAUAUAUCAGAGAGCACCGUAACAUAUACUCCACUGUCAAGUCAGUCUCGAUCACAAAACCCAACCAUCACGUGUCAAAUUCUUGGUGACAUCACCAAAUCUUCAUCAAGCCCUGCUGGUUAUUUCGCUUUAUGUACACUAGACGGCACACUGAAGCUAAUGGAAGAAGAUAAGAUACUCUGGUCUUUACAGGUAGACCAUCAGUUGUUUGCAUUAUACAAACUCGAUAUUCUUGGCGAUAAUAGAGAAGAAGUUAUUGUAUGCGCAUGGGAUGGACAAACUUAUAUUGUAGAUCACGACAGAAAUGUCGUUCGAUAUCAAUUCCUAGACAAUGUACAGGCAUUCUGUGCCGGAAGCUUCUCCAUUGAUUCCAAGCAAAAUCGGCCAUGUUUCGUUUACUCUGAUUUCCACAAUCAUGUGUGGUUGUAUUAUGAUGUUAAACUGCCGUUCCUUAAAGCUACUGAUCUUCUUACUUUUGCUGAAUCAGACCAGGAGAUGAGUCGGUUAUUCCUACAACUAGGAGCAACUACUAUAGAGGAAAAACGGUCAUUGCUAAAGAAGUGUGGCUCAACCAUCUUGGAUCAAGUAAAACUAAAUUCAAAUAAUGACAAGGAUUUAAAUUCCCAAUAUAGUAAAGAUACAUGGUUAUAAAUAAUUUGCCCAAUAUGGACCCAUUUUAUUUGGGUGAUGGAUCAACCCUGGCUGAGUCUUGGUUCUUAUGGUAUGCUUCUAUGAUAAUAUGUAUAAAAAACCAUGUUAGUAGUUUUUUUUCUAGGAUUCUGUAUAAUAUUAUUCAUUUCUUUCGCUCCAUGCUAAAGUAAAUCUUACAUUUAUUGAAUGAGUUUUAUCAGUUUUGCCCUUUAGUUAAUAUUCAAUGAUUUUUGAAGUCUUGAUUGUUUUUGUAUUGAUUACAUUUUGCAAGGGG